GUGAAGCCCGUGAAGGUUGCUGCUCCGGAUGGCAAGGGUAAAGUCGAUGACUUCUGGGAGCCGGCCAAGAAGGAGCUGUUGGGUGACCCGCGUUUGCUCGAGCGCAUGGUCAACUACGAUAAGGACAACAUGUCUGAGGAGUGCAUCAAGAAAGUGCAACCCUUGUACGAUUCGGAAAUGUUUGACCCGGAUAUCAUCAAGAAAGCCUCGAUCGCAGCCAUGGGUAUCUGUAAGUGGGUACGUGCGAUGGUGGUGUACGAUAAGGUACUUCUUCUACUGCUUUGAUAUUGAGUAUGGACAGAAGACUAACAUCGUCAGAAGUUGCACCACGGACGUUGUAACAAGAUCUCAGAUGCGCCGUCAGAUGUAGUUUUAGCGAAAAUUUUGUGUUAAUUUUGUUGACAUCAGAAUUCUUGACGAUCAUAAUUCCCUGCCUCGGAAAAUAAUUACACACCACAUUCAUCUGUCCUCCUUUCUAAUCCUGACGACCGUAAUUCCCUCGGAAAAUGAUUACAAGAUCUUCAUCAUUCAUCUCUUUUCCUUAAAUCUCCCCGUUUCGUCCCUCACCAGGUCGCCAAAGAGGUCGGCCCCAAGCGUGCUAAGUUGGCGAAGGCUGAGAAGUCUGCCUCAGACGCCAUGGAAUUGCUUGCUACCAAGAAAGCAGAACUCGCUGAAGUGAUUGCUCUCGUUGACAAGUUGGUGACCCAAUUGAACGACGCCAAAAACAAAUUGGAGGAGUUGCAGAAGAACUCUGAUGAUUGCCGAGCCAAGCUCGUGCGUGCGGAAAAAUUAAUCACUGGUUUGGGAGGCGAGAAAGCAGCAUGGACGCAGAACAGUGCCAAACUGGGCAAGGACUACACCAAUUUGACAGGCGAUAUCUUGAUCGCGUCUGGUAUUAUGGCUUAUUUGGGUUGCUUCACCGGCGUAUACCGAAAAGAAGCCUGCGAUCGGUGGCUCGCACGUCUCACGGAAUUGCAGAUCCCAGCUUCGGCAGAGUACUCUACUAGAAGUAGAUUUAUAGAAUUUUGAUCUUCUUUCUUUUUCUUGUUGUUAAAGUUAAUUCAUCUGGUUUAUGAUUUCGACUACGGAUUGCGAGCAACUGGCGUAUCAAAAAAACACUCAGGUUCAGUUUGUCGAAUUGCAUUGGAGAUCCAGUGAAGAUUCGUAAGUGGGUCAUCGACAAGUUGCCCAACGAUUCGCUUUCCAUCGAUAACGCGAUUAUCUUGCAUAGUUAAGGGGUGCCUGCUAACAUCCUAAAGUAUACUAUAAAAGUAACAUGCUCUACUAACAGUCACAGUCUCUAGUAAGUAACAUUUUUUGACGACCGACAACAUCCUUUUCACGUGGAAAUGAUAACAUAUUUUUCCUACGACGAAAAAAUCUAAGCCCUAAGCAACCUGUUGGUUUUGAAGAAUGUCAAUCAUGUGGCCUGAAGUCAAAGGACAUUUUCGGAAAUAUGUCAAUCAUGUGACAACCUCGUCUAAGAUUGCAGUCGUCGUUGGCCGUUGAUGAUCGAUCCGCAGAACCAGGCCAACAAGUGGGUGAAGACCAUGCAUGGUGCGGGGCUUAAGAUUUUCCGAUUGAACCAGAACUACGCACGUCAAUUGGAGACCUGCAUCUCGUUCGGUAACCCAGUGCUGAUCGAGAACAUUGGUCUGACUAUUGAUGCGAUGCUUGACCCGCUUCUGCUAAAGGCCACGUUCAAGCAGGGAUCGCAAGAAAUGAUCCGAUUGGGUACAAAAAACUACCUACUACCUAUUUGGCUAGAGCUAGUUUUAUUCGUGGAUCAUUAUGACAUUUAAGCUUAUAGUUCUGGCUGUAGUUAUUUAAGUUUUCUUUUCAGUUGGAGGACCAUUUUCGUGCUAAGAAAAAUUUUUGACUAAGUGUACUCCUCAACGGAGUUUAACUUUUGCCUCCAGGUGACAGCACGGUCGAGUACAGCAAGGAUUUCAAGCUGUAUUUCACGACGAAGCUUCCGAACCCCCAUUAUGCUCCGGAGAUCUGCGUUGCCGCGUGUCUGUUGAACUUUAUGGCCACCGUCGACGGUUUAACCGAUGCAAUGUUGGGUAUUCUGGUUGCGAAAGAAGAACCAGAAAUCGAAGAAUCGCGUGUCCGCCUCGUGAUCGAGUCCGCGCAGUCGAAAGCCGAAUUGGCCGAAAUCGAGAACAAGAUUUUGGCACUCCUGUCGGCGUCUAGUGGUGAUAUCCUGGAGGACGAGGAAUUGAUCAACACGUUGGCCAGUUCAAAAAUCACAUCUACGCGCAUUGGAGAACAGGUGAAGGUCCAGGAAAUGACCGCUGCAAACAUCGCGCAGACGCGUCUCUCCUACACGCCACACUCUUUCCGCUGCUCCGCAUUGUUCUUUUAUGAAAAAAUAUAUAUUACAGUUGUACAAUAAUAGCAGUUCGUUGUACAAUAUUGAUAGCAUUAUGUUCAUCAUGGUCGUGGUGCUGCUGGUUUAGUAGUAUGAGUAUUUUUUGUUUGAACUUCUAUUAGAAGAAGGAGGAACAAGGGAAAAUCAAUGAAGCGACCAGGUACAACAGGACAUGCGUCUAAUCAAAACAGAAAGAACACAGUACACAGUUGUUGCAUACAGAACUGAAUAAGUCUAUACCAUGGUCGUGGGUACACAGGAGAGAGAAUCGACUCGGAAUAGUAUUAAGUAGGAAGUGCUAUCUUCAUCGUAUUAGUAUGUAAAUGAUCCUAACCUAACCCACCUCUAAUCUCCCGUCGUGGCCGACUUGCGCACUGUGGACCCCAUGUACGAGUUUUCUUUGGAUUGGUUCGUGGUGCAGUUUAACACCUCUAUCGAUAUGGCGGAGGCCAAAGAGAGCAAGGACGAUCGUUUGCAGGAACUGUUCCGUUCCUGCCUUGCUCGCUUGUACGACAUGGUCUGCCGGUCCUUGUUUGCCAAGGACAAAUUGCUGUACUCGUUGAUGCUCUGCCUGAAGUGCAUGGAGACGGACAAGGAAUUGAACUUGGGACAACUGACCAUGUUGUUGACUUGCGUGCCUGGCGGCGCCACGGAUCCGAAGCCGGAGAACAGCGACUGGCUCACCGAUGUCAGCUGGGCUCGUGUGAACACGCUCACCACUUUGGGGGAUGUCUUCGAAGGUUUCAUGGCUGAUUUCGCUGGCAACUUGGAUGGCUGGAAGGCGGUCUUCGACAGUGAGGACCCGAUGGCAGCUGAGGUCGAGUGGCCCAAGAACAUGAAGGCCAAGUGCAACCCUUUGCAGCGUGCUCUGGUCAUGUUCGCUCUGCGUACGGAUGCCGUCGUCGUCGCUCUCCAGGAAGUCGUGCUUGCGAAGCUCGGAAAGGAGUACCUGCUGGUGCCACCGUUUGACUUGCCAACAUGGUUCAAGUUAUGUGCAGGAUGAGAAAUCGAUCGCGGGUUCACAGACGUUUCUUGAUAUUUGAAUCUUGCACAGCAGUCUUUAGACGUAAGUGCUUCCUAAAGAUUGCAUGUCCAAAUGACAGCUCACACAUUCUAUGGAAACUCCUUGCCCUACUUCGACGUCUUCCCACCCUUUCUAAUCUCCGAUAGCUCUCCCGCGGUUCCGCUGAUCUUUAUCCUGUCUAGUGGUUCCGAUCCUAUGGCCGAUGUGACGAACUUGGCGAUGAAAUACGAUAUGUUGUCCAAGAUUGUGCCGAUCUCGCUGGGUCAGGGUCAAGGGCCGAAAGCAACUGCAGGAAUCAAUUAUGAAGAGGAGGCGUUUUUAUCUUGUUUGAACAACAAGAAUAUGAAGUUGCAAUCGACGAGUCAUGAUUCAGAAGAUGGCGUACUACUCGAUCCACCUGAGGCUUGUUUCAACGUAGAAGUCGUUAAUCAUAGAAGAAAAGAAAGAGGGACGACGACGGGUGUAAAAUCAAUCUGUUGCGCCAGGAUCCAGCUCUGUCUCACUCAAUGAUGUUCAUGUUGUACCUUUCCCCCCUCUUCCUCUAACUUCCGGACGGUUCCGCCAAUGGUAAGUGGGUGCUUCUGCAGAACUGUCACUUGGGUGUCAGUUACAUGCCCAUUUUAGAAGGUAUGAUUGAAGCUUGGAAGCCAGAUGAUCUGAACCCAGACUUCCGUCUGUGGCUGACGGCUUGUCCAUCCCCAGACUUCCCGAUCGCCAUUCUGCAAGGUGGUAUCAAGAUGACGAUCGAACCGCCAAAGGGUCUACGAAACUCACUGCAGAGAGCUUAUCGCGGUAAUGACUUUUGAGUUUGAGCGUGGGUGCCCUACGCACUGAUCUAGCCUAAAAAUACAACGUGGUGUCAAUUUUUCUUUUCUUGGAUAAAAUAAACCUCUGUGAGACAUCAACCUCUUCCUUGAUGAAAGACGCAUACGCGGCAUUGCCAUCCUUCUACUGUCCCCGCGAACAAUUCGCUCCUAAACCCUAAACCCCCCAAACCGGCAGGCAUGGACGAGGAGUGGUUCGAGUCCUCCACCAAACCUCGCACGUUUAAGAAGCUCCUGUUCGGUCUCUGCUUCUUCCAUGGUCUCAUCCUGGAACGUCGUGCCUUUGGGCCAAUUGGAUGGAACGUUGCGUACGGAUUCUCGGAACCCGAUUUGGAUAUCUCUCAGAAACAAUUGCGUAACUUCUUGGAGGACUUCUCAGAUAUUCCGUAUGCUGCGCUUAAUUACAUGGUUGCCGAAGCGAACUAUGGUGGUCGUGUCACAGAUGGACAAGAUAGGAGGCUUAUCGUAUUAUUGGAAUUUUUCUUAUACUGCCUGUGGGUACACCCACUUCAAGCACAGGGCUAAUAAUGAAGCAUGCAUUUAUUUUUUCUUACUGCCUGUGAUAUUAAAGCAGAAGCAAUUUAAUUUAAAAGCUCGUUCUUGAGAUGAUUCCGAUCUGUUUUGCUAAAAAAUGCAGGUUUACCUUAGAAGUAGUUGUUCCUACAAAGGUGCGAUCAUAGCACUAUCAAAUCUCUUCCGAUAUUGUUCCUUUGCGAAUCCAGGUUCAUCAUCCAUCCCCUUCCCACCACAAACGACCCACAGGUCGAGAUCAUCAAGGACUUCUACACACCUCAAGUCCUUGACGACGAUUACCGCUUCUCUAUCAGUGGUAUUUACUACUCACCGGUUGCGAACACGAUUCAAGAGCAUCUCGCGUACGUCGAAAGCCUCCCAUUGAACCACACGCCAGAAGUCUUCUGGCUCCACCCGAACGCGUCUUUGACAGCAUCCAUCAAUGAGGGUGUGAGCAUUUUGAAGAACGCGCUGCUGUUGAUGUUAAGGCUUGCUUCCAGAAAUUCAUCUUCUUCAUGAGGUACGUAAACGUAUCUCUGACAUGCUUCCUAAGCUCAGAGCCAGAGAUGAAUUGAGGUACGUAAACGUAUCUCUGACAUGCUUGUCAGAGUCAGAUAUGCGGGUCAUUCAAGAAGAAUUUGGCAUCAGGUCAAGAAGAGUUUUCUAAUUUUGGCUUCCUUCGGUGGAGGCGGUGGCGGCGACGACGAAGAUGAGGGCGCAGCUGCCAUGACUCCGGAGCAGAGGUAUUCCGCAGCUGCGGAAGGUGUCCUGGCCACGUUCCCCGAAGCGUUCGAUAUGGGAGCUACUAUGCGAAAAUACCCAGUGAAAUACGAGCAGUGCCUGAACACUGUGUUGUUGAACGAAUUGGUGAAAUUCAUCAAGCUGUACAACAAGAUCUACGACACUUGCGUUAACUUGGGCAAGGCAGUCAAGGGUCUCGUCAUCUUCUCGCCAGAGUUGGAGUUAUGAACAUUGAUUUUUUUUCAAAAGCUCCUGAACAUUUUCAAAUUUUCAAAAGCUAAUAAAUCUCCCUAAUAAUUCUUCUUUUCGAUUCUUGGUUAUAAGGAACAGAAGGAACAGAUAAUAGGUGACGGCGUAGAACAUUUUCUCAUGACGUUCGCUACCUACUACCCAUGAUCUUUCUCGCUACCUACUACCCAUGAUCUUUCUCUAUCUCUAUCGCAAUGCACCCAGCACGCACCGCGCUAGUUCUUCUUUUCGAUUCUUGGUUAAGGAACAGAAGGGACAGAUAAUAGACUGCGUAGCGACGUGUCGCGUGCUACCCUGUUGCUCUUGUCAUAAGUAGAUAUUCCUACCUUUUGACUGUUUCUUCCUCCCCCUCUCCGGACCUUCUAACCGCCGAAGUCGCGAACGGGUUCCUCACCAAUGCUAUUCCGGGUGCUUGGUUGGGUGUCAGUUAUCCUAGUUUGAAGCCGGCGAUGAGCUACGUGGAUGACUUCUUCAAGCGGUGCAAAUUCAUGGACGAUUGGAUCAAGCAAGGAAUUCCGAAUACGUUCUGGUUCUCGGCGUUCUUCUUCCAGCAGGCGUAUUUGACCGGUGUUCUGCAGAACUUCGCUCGGUCGGCGUCGAUCGCCAUCGAUAAGCUGAUGUGGAACUUUGAGGUGUUGAAGUCCUCCAUAACCGACCCGGAACCGCCAGAGCGCGGUGGCUACAUUCGUGGAUUGUACAUGCAGGGUGCACGAUGGGAUGACGAGACGAUGACCCUGCAGGACUCCUUCCCGAAGGUGCUGUGGUCCACGGUUCCACUGCUCUUUAUGGCUUGUUUGCAAUAUUAUAAUAGCUAUUUUUACUCCUCUGUAAUGUUGUAAUCCAGUACUAUCCCGUAAUGUUGUUGUAAUUGCGUACCAGUACAACUAGAGGCAGCAGCAUUUUCUAUUUCUUUGGCCCUAUCUUCUCCCUCUAAGUCCCGGUUGAAGCCAGUCGAAAAGGACAAGGACGAGCACGAUUACCCGGCCAUGUACGCCAACCCGGUCUACAAGUGCUCCGAUCGACGUGGUGUGCUGUCGACUUCCGGUCACAGUUCCAACUUCAUCAUGUUCAUGUACAUGCCGGCUGACACGACUCAGGGCCACAACGAAAACUUCUGGACCAAGCGUGGUGUCGCGAUGAUCUCGCAGACCGACGAUUAAACUUACUUCUGGAAGAGAUAGAGAUACAGCUACUCUUGGGAGGUCUAAGGUCGAAGAAUGACUUUCUUGGUAGUAAGUAGGUCUAAGAAUGUUAAGACAUUAUUCUUGAGCUGGACGAGGAGGAUGGCUCUACCUAGAGAUGGUUUUGAUGACUUCAUGUUAUCAUUCCACGAUGCUGAAAACAGCAUUUAACUUGUGUGAAGCUUGAAACGGUGGUGGAGUAGAACUUCACAACAACUGAAUCUUAACUAGAGACGAAACAGAAUCAGAAUUCUCACGCUGCUUCUUUCAAUACUGCAGUGCGAAUAUGACGUUACUGCACUACCUAUAUGAAAUGAUCAAAAAGUUCUUGUUGCGAAACACUAUGGUUUAUUGAACAAAUUAUCAUCAAAAUAGGUCUUUGUCUAUGAACAAUAAUACAUCAAGAAAUACUUCCGCAUCUCUAAGAUGUUUCGAACUGAAGAAAAUGAACGAAAUCUAAUCAAGUAUAUUUAACUUACAGAACAAUAUGAUUACGAGUUAGUCGUAUAACAAACUACAACUAUUAGCAUUAAGAUGGAAAUCAAUAUCAAAAGAAGAAGAUAUUGUUUCUAUCUUCUAACAACAAAAUAUGAAUCUAGCUGCACAGCGGACUGUCAUUAUCAUUUGUCAUUAUCACAAUUUAAUUCUUAGGAAUUAUCAAACAUCAAGGCAUUACAGAUUAUUGUUCUUACUUAGACAGAAAGAAAAAGAGAAUUAAAUCUAGAUUGAUUAUGACGAUCUACUUCUACAACAACUUAUCUAGUAUCGUAUGUAGGCGUAGUGAUCUAGAAGUGAAGUAGUGAGAGGAAGAUCAAUGGCUGAAAAAACGAGCAACUCUCAGAUACUCCUAACGUCCUCCAGAAGUCGGAGGCACUUCUUGAGAUUCGUUAGAACUGAUGAGAGGAAGUACAAUAGAAAAAGAUAGGCAAACUACCUUAAUGUUGAGGCUGAGUCGAAGAAAAGAAGAGCUGCGAUGUCUGACGGUGUGAGGUGGGAGGACAUGCACAGAAGCAGCCACAGCUCAAAACAAGAACCUAUGAAACUAUAUCUUUGGGCCUCGGGAAAUAAAUCAGCUGAAAAUAUUGAAAACUCUUUUCACG